AUGUCAAAAGUUAAUCCAUCUCCAAAUCCAUUAAUAUCGAUGUGGGUUCUUCUAGAGGGCACACCAAGUUCUGUGGAAAUUCAUGUUAAGCCAAGCGAUUUUAAGCAAAUUCUUAAGCAAGAAUUUGAGGCUCUUAAGGACGUAAGACCGGAGAAGAUUGAAUUUUUCUCUGAUAAGGAUCGAACACAAGCUCUUUUCGGGAACAGCAAAGUGAAAUACCAAUUGCCACACUCUAGCGGAUCUUGGGAUUUGCUACGAAAAGAUGUUAUAAUAAAUUUCAGUAAAUUAUCAAAAUUCGAAAAUGCAAAAGUGGGUGACCUCUAUUUUGAAAUCUCUGAAGGUAAUCACGAAGAAAAUCUUGAUAUUAAGAAUGAGUUUCAGUUUAACGAGCUCAAUGGUGUAAAUAUCCUAAUUCAAACUCAAUUAAUAGAUAAAAAACCUUAUAAUAAAUGGGACAUCAGAGAUGUAUUCACAAAUGUUUUGCAUCGAGAUUAUAAUGGAUCACUUGGCCAAGCAUUUAAUUUAGAUGAACUCCCAAAUUACAAUUCAGUUACCGUAGAGGAGAUGAAAUUCUUUGUUGAAGAGAUCAAAAAAAUGAUGAAAGUAUUCAAAAAUAAUAUCAAUGUUAAUGAUGCAACUGUUCGGGAAUAUAUAUCUGUUUUCAUGAAGACCGCAGUUGAUCACAUUCAAGCGUAUACGAACAAUUCAGCACAAUUAUAUGUAGAAGCUAAUCUUUAUGGAUUUAAAGGGUAUGGUCCUGUGGACUAUUUAGUGAAACUCGACGAUUUUGCGGUGCUAGUCAAUGAGGCCAAAUUGGAAGAUUUAACUAAGGGAAUAGCCCAAAACAUUAUGCAAUUACAUAGCGCAUCAGAGGUAAUUCCACCAUUUUUGUAUUCAUUUGUUGUGCUUAGGGUAGGCCUGACUAUCGAUGCAUAUUUUCAGAGUUUAUUAGGCAAGCGUAAGUUAGAACAGACGGAAUUUGAAUCAUCGCAACAACAAUUGUUUGGAAUUGUAACAACUGGGGUUUCUUGGUAUUUCAUUUGCUGGACUGGUUCUCCGGAAAAACCCAAAGUUGAAAUCUCUUGCCAAUAUAAUUGUGAUUUUGAAGGGGAGAUGCAGAGCGAAAAAAAUGUAGUUUCUUAUAUUGUUCAUAUACUAGAAAAUCAAGACGAUAU